AUGGAUCCACCGUCGACGACGGAGGCGGUUGCUGCGUUGAGUCAGCGCUGGGCUGACGUCGUGCUUGAUGACGAAGAGGAGGAGAUUUUCGAACCUGUGGAGGAGGGCGGUAACGGACAGCUGAUUGUGGCAGUUCGAACAUGGCGUCUCAUUGGAAGAUUCUUGACUACCAAGCUUGUGAAGAUGGAGUUUAUGAGCCAAGUCAUGGCUUCGGUAUGGCAGCCGGUUAAGGGGGUACAGGUCUCAGAAUUGCAACCAGGGCUUUUUCUCUUUGUGUUCUACCAUGAAACGGAUAUUCAAUUGGUUCUUGAGGGUGGUCCACGGUCCUUUGAGAAUCAUACGUUUGUUUGCAAACAGAUUGAAGAUGGGGUUAUUCCGGUCUCGGUUCCGUUGGAUACGGUCGACAUGUGGAUACAAGUUCAUGACUUGCCGCUUGGCUAUACUUCUGAUCUUAUUCUGGAACAAGUGGGGAAUUUUAUGGGAACUUUCAUUAAAAUUGAUGAUAGAUUUGUGAAUGCACCUUGGAAGACAUUCUACCGAAUUAGGGUUUCAAUCUCUGUAUUGAAACCACUAAAGUGGUGCAUGAAGCUUAUGAAGAGGGAUAAGACGACUUGUUGGGUUAAUUUCAAGUAUGAAAGGUUACACAACUUUUGUUACUUCUGUGGCAUGAUGGAGCAUUUACAUAAAUAUUGUUUGAAAGCACGGGAUGCAAGUAUACCGGUCGAUCAAUAUCCAUAUUGUGAAAACUUAUGCGCUAGAUUUAGGAAGGGUCCGCGCAAGGUGGGAGCUUCAUGGCUCCUUGACAAAAAUGGCAACCCAAUGGUGGAAUCCUCUUCGGAUGAUAGGCCAAAUUAA